CAUUUGGUACAAUGUCUGACUGCGUUGCUGGCUGCUUGUUGACUUGUUCCACUUGUUCACAACAAAGUCGCCUAUUUUCAGAUUUCUUCCUAUUUAUUUACGUGUGAGUUAACUCAGCGUACCAAUAACAUGAAUAUAUGUCGAGCUUGUUUGUCUGGGACCCGUGAUUUGGUGGGAAUCGACUCUGCAUGUUUGGAUAAUUACAAUUUAUUGACAGACCUUGCUGCUAGGCUGGAUGACUCGCUGCCACACAGCCUGUGCCGGCCGUGCUGCGACACGGUGGAUUACUUCAUUGAAUUCAGGAAGAAAUGUAUUGAAUCUGAGGCUUCAUUAAAUGCCUGCAUUAUUAAAAAUGUAAAAUAUGAAGAGAAAGUAGCUACUAAAACUGAAUCUGAUAAAGUUAAAGUAGACAGUUCUUUACCUGAUGCAAAGGUAAAGUUAGAAAACGACAUUAAUGAACAUGACAUUGAAACAUAUUUCAAUGAUGAUGGUUUUGACGCCGGGUAUAUGGAUCAAGAUGAUUAUGUAGCUCUUGUCAUUAAAAGUGAAGUCAGUGAUACUAAGAAUGAAAAUGAAGUGCGCCCAAAAAGAAAAUAUACCAAACGAAAAAGCACUAUGGGCACUACGGCUCCAAAAGCAAAAAUAAAGAGAGAAAAGAAAGUAAAGCCAAAAAAAGAAGUUAGUGCUCCAAAAGUAACACCAACGAAAGAAAAGAAAGAAAAACAAAUAGAAGUUAAUGAACCUAUGCCAUGUGGCUUAUGCAAGUCAUCAUUCGACACUCAAGAAGCAUUGCAAAGCCACGUGGAGAAGCACAAGGAAGAGACAACGUGUCGGCUCUGCGGAGAGCGGUUCAAGGAGUGGCCGGCCAUGAUCUCACACAGGGUCAACCACGUCACAGACCCCACGAAGUCUCGGUGCCACGUCUGCUGGAAGGCGUACAGAACAGAAGCCAACCUGCAUUUCCACUAUUUGACUGUGCAUUAUGAUAAAGAGUUCACAGGCAUGAAGUGCAACUGUUGCGGUAAGAUCUACAAGGACGGCAACCAGAUGAACAAACACCUGCGCACGACUCACGGGAUGAAGCGCUUCAUCUGCGACCACUGCGGGAAAGUUUUCCACAUAAAGCAGAGCCUGGCGGUGCACAUGAACACGCACGCCACCACGCGGCGCCACCGCUGCGAGCUGUGCGACUUCGCCACCGUGCAGCCCAGCACGCUCGCCGCCCACGUAGUCCGCAAACACACAAAGAACUUCAAGUGUCCGAAGUGCCACCGCUUCUUCCGUCACGAGGCGUCGAUAGGUACCCACACGUGCCUCGUGUUCGAUAAGCCGCGCCCGUGCCCGACUUGCGGGAAGAUGUUUAAUUCGCAGAAAGACUUUCGACGAACCUCUCGCCGGUAUAAUAACUUCAAGUGCCCGAAGUGCCACCGCUUCUUCCGUCACGAGGCGUCGAUAGGUACUCACACGUGCCUCGUGUUCGAUAAGCCGCGCCCCUGCCCGACUUGCGGCAAGAUGUUCAACUCGCAGAAAGACAUAGACAGACACUCGCGCUCGCACUCGUCCGAGCGCCGCUACAAGUGCUCGCUGUGCCCCGUCACCUACAAGUCGCACGCGCCGCUGCGGGUACACAUGGACCGGCACAACAAGAACCGGAGAUACAAGUGCGAAUACUGCCCGAGCAAGUUCUACACGAAUAAUGUGCUCAUCAAGCAUAGGAGGAUUCAUACGGGCGAGAAGCCGUUCGUGUGUGAAGUGUGCGAGAAGGGGUUCACGGGGCUGCACAACAUGCGCGUGCACAUGAAGGUGCACGGGGAGUUCCUCGUUAAGAAGAAGGGCGACGUUGCCGGCGAACACACCGGCUUCUACUAGAGAAAUAACUCUUGGGGCCUGUACGCACUGUUGAAUAGUCAUGCACUGUGACUUUCACAAUGGCGAAAGAAAAAAGAAGGCUUGACAUACCCACGAAAAAAACGUGCAUACCUAAACUCAGGUGCCAACUAAAAUGGCGGCGAAUUUCCUUGAAAAAUUGGAACAGGCAAGUCGCUUUGAGAACUGAAGUACUUGUUGGUUGGUUUCGUUUCUUUCGUCAUUGGUUGGUGCCACUAAACAUGGCGACCGGCCGCAAUGUUGUCAUUUUAGGCAAAGACAAAACUAUUGUUGUCCUUUUUUACGUAUGAUAACACUAAUAAGUUAAAAAGAGAGGACGAUAUAUUUUUAAGUAAGGAUGUUAAUGCCGGGUCCUCUCUUUUUUGUUUCGUCAAGACUUUCAUUAGUUUAAAUAUAAGGUGUUAAAGUCACAUAUUAUACUUCUGCGACAAAAACCCUUCCUUCAUUGGAAGGAGACCCAUGCCCCAGCAGUGGGGGCGUGAUGGGUCGUGAUGAUGAUGAUGACAAAAUUUAUGAUGAUAAUGAUCAUGAUGACAAAAUUAGCACUACAAUAAAAUCGCAAUAACCUGUCAAUUCAUUAGAGACAUGCAAAGCCUCCGCUUGGUAUACGAAUUUUAUCUUUAGGACACAAAGAGUAAACACUCGUUUUUAUUGCCUAUUUAUGAAGUUAUUUUUAACUUUAACCGACUUCGAAAGAAGGAAAAGGCUCAAUUCGUCUGUAUAUAUGUUUUUUUUUGUAUACCUAUAUGUUCUGUAAAUAAGUUCUCUUCUAUGAAUAAGGGUUUAGUGUACAAUAAGUGCUGGCAAACAGUUUAGAUUUACUUUCUGGGAUCGUAACUAAUGUGUUUUACUUGUUACCAAUCAAAAGGUUUAUUUAGUUUUUUUGGGAGGGUAUUUUAUACACCGUGAAUAGUAUAUCAAUUUUCGAAAAUGAAUUAUUUUUACUAAACCAAAGUGUUUAAACUUCUUGCUAGCGUUAAUUUCUAAUUUGGUGUUACUUACAUCCUGUUGUAAAAUAUUUUAUUUUAAACUGACUUAUCUUUUAGGUAAUGGAUCUAUCAUUUUUCGUGAUGAGGUCUACCUCAUUAUAUUUUA